AAAAAAAAAAAAAAAACUUGAUUCUUUAUGAAUUAUCAAGUCCUUAUUGAGUACCAAUUCACCUUUCUCUUGGCUUUUGAUCACUCAUUGAAGACCUCUUGAAUGCAACACAAAGAAAAACAAGAAAUUGAAGAACAAGUAUAACAGAAGAAAAUCAAGAUAAGCCUUGGAUUGUUUUAUCAUCAAAACAAAACAAAACAAAACAAAACAAGUAAACAAAUCCAAUCUUUUCCUUUCAUCAUAAUUCCCACCACAGAGAAACUUCCAUUUUAAGAGCCAAUACCAAAGUCAUGGGAGAGAAUGAGCAGAAAAAGAAGAAACAGAAACAUAAACACACAGAUCAAAAAUCAUCAGACCACCCGGCCUUCAAGCGGAGUACAGACGUCAAGGGAAUUCGUUUCGGCAGUCAAUUCAUUGUAAAAUCGUUCACGGUUCGAAGAGCUUCAUCUCUACAACUAUCACGCCUUCUUCGUCUUGCACCUUCUGAUCAUCCUCUCUUUCCUUCAACGACAGCUUUCAUACCAACUAACUUCACCAUUUUGGCUCACCACGCGUGGCACACUCUUACACUAGGCCUUGGCACAAAGAACUCCAAAGUCGUCGUAUUUGUUUUUGAAUCAGAAAAUAUGAAGUUAUCCGUGGAUCGCUUAUGGCCGUCGGAGAUUCCAUUAGGAGAAGUUAACAGAAAGCUCGUGCGCGGUUUGAAUGGAUGCGAGAUAGCUCGAUUCAAGUUUAGAAAAGGGUGCAUCACUUUCUAUGUUUUUGCAGUACGAAAGGUGAAUGUGAUAGGGUUCUCGCGCGCAGAAGAUCUUAGGUUAAUUCUUCAAUCAGUGGCUUCACUCAAGGAUUUCUUGGAUCAUACUGCUAUGCUUGCAUUGCCAAAUCAAAGAACAAUCAAUUACUCAUCACAAGAAGCUGCCAUGGCUCAUUAGCUAGAACAUACAUACUCAUUCAUUAUUUCCUCAAUGAUUUUCAUGGUAUUUCUUUGUUCCCUUCUCCGAUGAAGAUUAUUUUUGGCGCACCGAUUUUAUGUAAUUUAUUAAUAUGGAAAUUGUAGUUAUUCAUGCUAUGUCAAAAAUUAUUAUGCUGAUAAAAUUAAGGACAAUAAUUUUGGUA